GAAAAUGCAAAAUGGCGUAAUUUGAUGUUUUCAUUCCAUAUGCCGCGUGGAAUUCUAACCUCAAGUUAAUGGUUUAAUUCUUUUUUGACUAGCAAUGAUAACAGAUUUCGAUGCUAGAAAUAUAUUUAAUUCAGUGCGAAAUUUGUCAUCCUUGCUAAUCAGUUAUUCACAUAACGAUUGUGUUCAUAAAGUCAAGUUUGAAGUGUUUGAAGUGAAUUCAAUUUCGUACGAAUGAAAUCGGAAACGGUGCAGAAUCAAAUGAAUCAUUUGAGUUUGGAUGAUUCGACCUCAGAACUAAAUAAAAAAAUAAAUGAUUCUAUGGUAAUCAUGGAUUCCAAUGAUAACUCGGAUUCUGUGCACGAGAAAAAGGUUCGCAAAUCGAUUACUUUGAAUCUUGAAGCCCAGCCUCCCACACCGACUUCGAAAUCUUUAAAUUCAACUCCAAAGGGAAUUUUGAAAAAAUCCGAGAACAAUGUAGCACACGAAACUGGGAGAGAUUAUUAUCAAAAAGUUCAGGAGAAAAGUUUAACAGCUAAGCCGAGACCACAUAAUUUAGAUGAACUUGUAGAUGUAGAAGGAUUAGUUUCUUGUUCCAUCAAGAAUACUUUUAGUUUGGAACAACUUAGUGAUGACGACGAAAUCUGGUUAAUGGAUAUGCCAAAAAGGAUUAAACCAGCACUUCUCAGUGGGCAGGUUUUAUCGUUGACCGACAAAACUAAAUUAAAAGUAGGAAAAGAGCGUUACACUGGAAUUCAUCGUGAGGUUAAAGGUGUUCUAACUUGUGUAUUUAGCAGCGAAAAGGGUUUAUUAUCCAACAAAAUUGUGAAUAUAAAACCCGUAGGAAUGAUUCAGUUGAGGCAGAAACUCACCACGAUUCCUAAAACGAAACCAGAAUGUACAAAAAAGACAAAAAUACCUUUGCCACAAAAUAUUAGACACAGAGAUCCUUUUCACGGAGUAGUGAAAAAAGGAAAUAAUUACGCGGACGGCACGAAUAUUAAGAUAGAAAUCGAACCAAGAACAGAAAGAUGAUGAAAGCUAAUUCGGAGCUUUAUUCACAAUUCAGCUGAGAUACUGUACAAAACGGCACAAGUUUCAUAUAUUUUAUAUUAAGUUUUCUUUGAAAAUAAUUUCAAGUCUUUGAUAUAGUAAGUAGAUUUAUAUUUCAGUCAUUGGUAAUUUAGUCGAACAAAAAAGUGAAAUGAAACUUAUGUUCGAAGCUUUUUAAAUAAAAGGAUAUAAGUUUA